GGGGUGGGGGGGGAGAAUGGAGGCUGAGGGAAACACUGAAAUAUUGCUUAUAUGUCGCUAAAUUGGUUGUGGUAUUAGUUGUCAUUUACCAGAAAUUUAAAAAAAUAAAUAAUAAUAAUAAUAAUAAAAAAUAAUAAUAAUUGGGAGUCCGUAGCUGUAUGUAUCGGAGGGGGGAAAUUUAAAGUGGUUUUCAAAAAUCACGGCAGGGUAGUGAGAGACCGAGUCGAGCUGGGUGUUUUUUUUUCUUCCCCUUCGUUGCUUGUUGGAACUUGUAGACAUGACUUCCCUGAUACAGCGGAGCUCGGGCCUAGUGCAGAGACGGACCGAGGCCUCUCGUACGGCUGCCGCCGACAAGGACCGAGGGUCCGGGGAUGACGACUUCGAGCCCCGCCGCCGCUGCAGCGGGGAGGAACAAGAGGAACAGGACAAAGGAGACUCCAAAGAAACUCGACUCACUUUGAUGGAAGAAGUACUACUCUUGGGAUUAAAGGACCGCGAGGGCUACACGUCAUUCUGGAACGACUGCAUCUCGUCGGGGCUGCGUGGCUGCAUGCUCAUAGAGCUGGCCAUCAGAGGACGACUACAGCUGGAGACCUGUGGCAUGAGGAGGAAAAGCCUGCUCGCCAGGAAGGUGAUCUGUAAGUCAGAUGCUCCAACAGGGGACGUGCUAUUGGACGAGGCUCUCAAACACGUGAAGGAGACCCAGCCCCCAGAGACGGUGCAGAGCUGGAUUGAGCUGCUCAGCGGUGAGACGUGGAACCCUCUGAAGCUUCACUAUCAGCUGAGGAACGUGAGGGAGCGCCUGGCCAAGAACCUGGUGGAAAAGGGCGUGCUGACCACGGAGAAACAGAACUUCCUCCUCUUCGACAUGACCACUCACCCGCUCACCAACAACAACAUCAAACAACGCCUCAUCAAGAGGGUUCAGGAGGCCGUGUUGGAGAAAUGGGUCAACGACCCACACCGCAUGGACAAGCGGCUGCUCGCCCUCAUCUUCCUGGCCCACUCGUCUGAUGUCCUGGAGAAUGCCUUUUCCCCUCUGCUGGACGACCAGUAUGACCUGGCCAUGAAGAGAGUACGGCAGCUCCUGGACCUGGAGCCAGAGGGAGAGAGCACGAAGACCAACGCCAAUGAGUUGUUGUGGGCCGUGGUGGCCGCCUUUACCAAGUGACCUACCACCUUCAGACAACAGAGGGUUGGGUUGGUUAAUGACGAUGGUGGUGGGUAUGGUGUGAAGGGAGAGGGAGAUGACAGGACGGUUUGCGUGGGUCAGAGAGGAGAGUGCUCGUCCUGACUUGAGUUCACCUCUGCCUAGGCUUUUCUGAACAGAAUAGACCGCUCCAAACCUGUCCGGCGAUUUUCCUGUUUUCUUUCCUUGUAGAUAACUCACUCACUCCUUCCUCCAUCAUGGUAUUUUGCGUCUCUGCGAGAUGCAAUAUAAUCGCUGACUUCUUCAAACAAACAAA